ACAUGGUGUGUUUACUUACUUCGUAGCUUCUUUUCCAGUUAAAAAUGUUUGUUAACUGUAUUUGUUCAAGUCUCACAUAAAAAGAUUUUUUUUUUGGAAGUUGUAGUGCAAAGAAGAAGUGCAAAAGCUGUAGAGGAACGGGAAUAGUAUCAACAGUUCCUACCUGACAAACCGGGCUGUUGUUCGUUGAAUGACUUUAGUGCCGUCUGAUGAUGGAGGAGCAGAGUCCGGACACUGCUGGAGGAGGACAGCCCGUAAAGGAUGAAGAGGUGGAAAAAGAGUUGGCGGCUCUAGAGGCAGAGGAGGAAGAAGACGAAGAGGCUCUUCCUCACUCGGAGAUCCUGGAUGUUUUCGAGGAGGGACUGGCUCGACUUGUGCAGGACCCUUUACUCUGUGAUCUGCCAAUCCAGGUGACUUUGGAGGAGAUAAAUUCUCAGAUUGCUCUGGAGUAUGGCCAAGCGAUGACUGUGAAGGUUUUAAAGGCGGAUGGCGAAGUUAUGCCCAUAGUGGUGGUGCAAAAUGCCACUGUCCUGGACCUGAAGAAGGCCAUCAGCAGAUUCAUGGAGCUGAAACAACAACGUGAAGGCGGAGUGAAGCACAUCAGCUGGAGAUACGUUUGGAGAACUUAUAAUUUGGUGUUUCAAGGAGAAAAGCUUGAAAAUGAUAAGAUGAGGCUGAAGGACUAUGGGAUCAGGAACAGAGAUGAAGUGACGUUCAUGAAGAGACUCAGGAAAAAGUGACAGCCAGCGUUUGUCACUUUAGGAAAACACAGCAGUUCCCUCAGCGUUUACACAGACUUCAAAUGACUGUCACAAAGUGUUUAUGACUGUACGACUUGUUUUAUUUUUAGUGUUUUUGGGUGGGUUUUGACACAUUACAAACACCAAAUAUUUAUCCAGAAACUCUUUUACAAACUCAGCUGUGUCUCAAAGAGUCUGUUUGUAAAUAAGAAGUCUCACUUCUGCUUCCAGUGUGCAGUGACUUUGUAUAAUUGCAAGUAUUAAAUAUUAUUGCAGAAUUUUA